UCCUCCUCCUAGCUCACGCGUAUCUUCCCCGGCUCCGGCUCGACCGUCGCUCGACCACCGCUGACAGAUGACGCACACCGAGCAGAAUUCGACGACCGCCAUGUUGGUCUUCGUCUUCCCUGAUGCGAUCACAAACUCGACCCAUCUCCGUCCACAAGAAAAGUCCGCGUUUAUCACAAGACUAGGACUGUACUGAAAAGAUACCGACCAACCACCACACCGUCAAUCAUGGUGGUCAUGGACAGGAGCAUCGCGCUGUUGCUGCUGCUCUUCCAUGUCCUCCUCGCCGUCUACCUCCGGCGGCGCCGUGUCACACCGGCCGCGGCGAGCGCGAACCACUGUCCGCACCCGAACCGGAUCCUCGGCAACACCGUGCCGCUCCUCCGCAACCUGCACCGCUUCCUCGACUGGGCCACAGACCAGCUGGCAGAGUCCCCGUCCUCCACCAUCGAGGUUCGCGGCCCGCUCGGCCUCGGCAGAGGCGUCGCCACCGCCAGCCCGGAGGCCGUCGACCACCUGUUGCGCGCCAACUUCCCCAACUACGUCAAGGGCGCGCGCUUCGCCGUCCCCUUCGCCGACCUGCUCGGCCGCGGCAUCUUCCUCGCCGAUGGCCGCCUCUGGAGCCUCCAGCGCAAGCUCGCCUCCUACUCCUUCUCCUCCCGCUCGCUCCGCCGCUUCUCGGAGAGGGUCCUCCGGGAGCACCUCCACUGCCGCCUACUCCCGCUCCUCGAUGCCGUCGCGGACUCCGGCGUGGCCCUUGACCUGCAGGACGUGCUCCGGCGAUUCUCCUUCGACAACGUCUGCGGCGUGGCCUUCGGCGUAGAGAGCUCCACUCUGCUCGAGCUCGAGGCAGGGGAUCGGCGGCACGAGGCGUUCUUCGCGGCGUUCGACGCCGCCACUGAGAUCUCCUUCGCGCGGAUACUCCAUCCGACGACACUGAAAGGGCUCCACCCGACGAUACUGGUGUGGAGGGCCAUGAAGCUGGACAACGUCGGCAGCGAGCGGCGGAUGCGCGAGGCCAUCGGGGUCAUCGACGAGUACGUGAUGGGGAUGCUGGAGGCAGAGCAGCCGCCGUCCCCGGCCGAGGACGGCGAGCGCGAGCAGCACCUCGUGUCGCGGUUCGCGGCGGCGAUGGACGAAGAAGCCUGCGGCGGCGAGCUCGGCGCGAUGUUCGGCUCGCCAGACGCGAAGCGGCGGUUCCUACGGGACGUGGUGGUGAGCUUCGUGCUGGCCGGGAAGGACAGCACGUCCACCGCGCUCACCUGGUUCUUCUGGCUUCUCGCCGCCAACCCGCGCUGCGAGCGGCGCGUGCACGAGGAGGUCACGCGCACGCCACACGGAGACGACGCCGGGGAGUACGAGGAGCUGAAGGGGAUGCACUACCUGCACGCGGCGCUCACGGAGGCGAUGCGGCUGUACCCGCCGGUGCCGAUCAACACGCGGGUGGCGGCCGCCGGGGACGUGCCGCCGGACGGAACGACGGUGCGGGCCAGCUGGUUCGCCGACUACUCGGCGUACGCGAUGGGUAGGAUGCCGCGGCUGUGGGGGGACAACUGCCGUGAGUUCCGACCCGAGCGGUGGCUCGAUGGUGAUCGCGGCGAGUUCGUGGCAAUGGAGGCGGCGAGGUACCCGGUGUUCCACGCGGGGCCGCGGGCGUGCCUCGGGAAGGAGAUGGCGUACGUGCAGAUGAAGGCCGUGGCGGCCGCCGUGAUUCGGAGGUUUGCGGUGGAGAUGGUGGAGACGCCGGUGAGCAUGGACGCGCCGCCGCUGUACGAGUUGGGUGCGACGCUGAGGAUGAAGGGCGGGCUCCGUGUGCGGAUCAAGAGGCGGGAGGAUCACUUUUAAACAGUACUACUAUCUCUCUGUUCCUAAAUAUAAGAUGUUUUUUGAGUUCAAAUUCAAAAUGCAGAAACAUCUUAGUACCUUUUUUUUUGUUGAAUUGUUCUUAGUACCAUUUAGGAACAGAGGUUCUACUCUAUCAAGUAUCAACCACAUCUUGGGCUAUCUGGCGUCCAGUCGCUGGGUAGGACCCCGAUCGAACGAUUCAUCAGGCCUUCCUGCCCAUUACAAAGAAGAAGAAAACAUGACAGAAAAACUAUAUAAACUACCAUAUCUCAAAAGAUUUGCAUGUAUAACAGCUAGUACAAACAAAGGAAAAAAAUGCCAUCAUAUAUAAAUCAUGCAUGAUAGAUUUAUAAGAAAUGUGACGAUAAAAAAUGCCAUCCUAUUAUAAAAAUGUCAUCCUCUUUAUAAAAUGCUAUUCUCUUAUUAUAAAAACUGCCAUCCUCUAUAUAAACAAAUGACAUGAUAAAAACAUCAUCUUCUUAUGAUAAAAGCUGACAUCCUCUUAUAAUAAAAAUGGCAUCAUAUUGUUAAUAAAAAAUGCCAUGCGCUUAGUAAUAAAAUUGCCACACCAUUUAAA